AUGGGGCCUGCAAUGUACGCGAUGGACUUGGCGGCUUGGCGGGCCGCCGUUGAGUGCGAUUGGAGGGUGCUGGAUGUGGCUCCCAAAGAGCUCUGCGCAGAGCACGAGGUCAUGCUGUCCGCAGUCCUUCAGUCUGGCCAAGCUUUGAGCCAUGCGAGCGAGGAGCUCAGGGGAGUUCGUUCUGUGGCACUUGCGGCGAUCCGUGGCGAUGCCACGGCUUUGGAAUUCGUCUCUCCGCAGCUGGCUCUCGACACCACCUUCAUACUUGAGGCCGCUGCCCAGAAUCUGCGGGUCCUUGAGGUGUGCGAUGCUGAGCACCGGGAGGAUCGGGAGCUCAUCCGAGCAGCCAUCAAGCAGAAUUGGAAUGCCCUCCGCUACGCAGCGCCCUUCCUCCGCCGUGAUGCCGGGGUGUGCUUGGAGGCGGUGCAACAGCACUGGCGUGCGCUGCUGCACUGUGAUGAGGCCAUGUGGAGUGACAGGGACUUCAUGUACCAAGCCAUCAGGUGCCGCUGGCAGUCAUUCCAGUUUCUCGGUCCAGACCUCCGGGAAGAUCACCAGCUCGUGCUCGAGGUUGUCGUGGGCGGUGCUUGCGUGCCGGCACAAGCCCUCUGCAACUUCGCGGAGCAGCUCAACCAGGGCAAGGUCGCCGCCGCGCCCAAAGAGACUCCUGAGGACAGGCGCCUCUCCUGUAAGGAUGACCGCAUUGUGCUGCUGCGAGCGCUGGCUGCAGAGGCGAUUGGCACAGGCCUCAUCGUCCUCUUCGGCUGUGGAUCAGUCUGCGCCACUCUCUCUGGAGCGUACAGCGGCGUUUGGCAGGUUGCUGCCGUGUGGGGCCUUGGCGUGUCACUGGCCAUCUAUUGCACUGCAGAGGCCAGUGGCGCUCAUCUGAACCCGGCUGUCACACUUGCCUUCCUGCUCGUGCGCCCUCAGGCGCACGGAAUGACCGUGGUGAAGUGUUCGGGAGUUUGUUUGGCUCUGGAAUCCGGUGGAUUUUCCUUGAUUCUGGAAAGUCCAGGCUUUGAUGGGGUCGAUGCUUUGGAAGACCCAAGAACAACAUCGUCCGUGGCGAGCCCAGAUCGAUCCUUUCAGCUUCAGCAUUUGGUGAGUAACUCUGAGAACAUGGGGUACUUCCCGAAUCCGGGUCUCUCCAAAGAGUACGGCUCCGGCCCAUACACCCAAGACGACGUCUCGGUGUUCGGCGCCCUCAUGACAGAGGCCUGGGGAACCCUAAUUCUCGCCUUCGUCAUCUUCGGCAUCACCAACGGCCGAAACAAGGUGCUUGGCAGCGCGGAGCGCGUCGGCGUUCCCUUCGUUAUCGGCAUGACGGUGGCCGUCCUCCUCCCACUGUACGCACCGAUCACUCAGGCUGGGUGGAACCCGGCGCGAGACUUUGGCCCUCGCAUCGUUGCGGCUUUGGGCGGAUGGGGAGAGGUGGCCAUCCCUGGUCCACGCAGUGGCUUCUGGACACUGGGUCCUGACUUUGGUUGCACAUCUAAAAGGGUUGCGGCGUUGAGGCGAGACGUGUUAAUGGCAUGUUGA